AUGAGUCUACCAAAAAAAGUCCUUCUUGCCCUUACAUCUGCUCAGGCCGACUUCUGGCCAGAUGGAACCCAGGCUGGUCUGUGGUACUCCGAGGCUCUUCACCCAUACCAAUACUUUGUUGAAAAAGGUUUUGAAGUGACUCUUGCUUCCGAAACCAGCACUUACUUCCUGGAUCCACACUCCACUGCAGAUGAGUCUUUGGGUGGUGACAAGGACACAUUCAAUGAUGCCAGUGCUCCAUUCAACCAGGCUUUGAAGAGCGUCCAGAAGGCUUCAGAGCUGAACUCCAAAGAUUUCGGCAUUUUCUUCGCCGCUGGAGGACACGGUGCUCUCUUCGACUUCCCAAACGCUGAUUCCUUGCACAAGUUGGCCGCAGAGAUCUACGAACAGGGUGGUGUUGUUGCUGCUGUGUGUCACGGUCCAGCCAUCUUCGACAACUUGAACCUGGCUGAUGGAACUGCCCUGAUCAAAGGAAAGACCAUCACCGGUUUCACAGUCGCUGAGGAGGACUACGUCGGAGUUACUCAGAUCAUUGCUGACAGAAAGUUGGACCUUGUCAAGGACGUUGCUGCUAAGAAUGGUGCUAAGUAUGUUCAGCCGGAUGCCCCAUUCACCCCAUUCGCUAUUGCCGAUGGGAGAGUCAUCUCUGGUACCAACCCAGCUUCCGCACAUGUGACUGCUGAGAAGGCUCUUGAGGCUUUUAGUGCUUAA